GUUCCCAGUGUAAUCACUGAAGUUAUUUCCAUCAUAAGGGAAAAAGUGGCUAAGAUGACACGACUUCGACAAAACUCAAGGGAACGAACGCAGGUAUCUUAUCGAUAUUUCCAUAAGCCCUCGCGGCUGCCCGCGCAUUGGGACUUAACAAAGCCUCCUUCCUACUGUAUCACGUUCUUAGAUAGAGUGUGAUUGGGAUAACCCACAAAUUGAAUCAUGGAGGAUAAUCAGUACAUCUUACAACGAUGUCAAUUUGAAGAAUGCGAAGCUACCAUCUUCAUCAAGGGACCUUAUUGCACAACACAUACGGACGGCAUAAACGCGCUCAAGCCUACAACCGUUAUGAUGCCCUCUUCUACUCCAGGUCAUCAGCAGUCGAGCAAUCAUCAACAUUCACAACGGCCCGCAUCACCGCCCAAAAGUAAUCCUACUGCCGCGAUCCCCCAAUCAGAGAAGCUAGGAGAUGCUAUCACUGUGAAAGCUCCCCUUCCAAUGGCGGGUCCCGUGAACGAAAAGAAGCACCUUCCCACUAAAAUGGUAGCGAGAAAAACUGCUGGAAACGCGUUUUCUACCUCAAAGCACGAACCAGUAGGCACUCGCAAGUCUGAGCCCAAGCUUCCUUCUUAUGCUAGCUCUACUAGAGAUAUUGCUUCCUCGAGUCAACGGCCACCAAAACGGCCAAGAUUGUCUACUGACAUGGAGGAAGGCGAAGUAGAGGCCUAUCGUCGUGUUUCCUCAUUUUCUGAGAGCGGCUCUUAUCCAUCUCCUGUGGCGGCAUCGACGAAUAUUGGUGAACGUGAUCAUGAACCCGUGGCAGCUUCUGACUUUGCUCUUCGGCCAAAGAAAGAAAUUUCUUCUUCGUUAGAAACACCAUCAAGGUCCAGAUCACAGGAUGAUCGUUCAGCUUCGAAACCUUUCUACAAGGAUCGGCCACGUAAGCAACAAGGUCUAUAUGACAAUUCCAAGGGUUAUAAAGUUCCAACUCACGGGAUCAUAGACCUCACAGAAGAUGACAGCCCUCAUUUUCAACCUCCUAGCAAAGUCGUUGAAAGUCCGAAAGUCAGCACCGAGAAACAUGAAGAAGAUCAUACUGGAGGUCCGAACCCUCGCAUUGCACAUAUUAAUUCCGAAUCGGGACGCGAGGGAGAAUCAAUAAAGGUGCACGUCUCCAAAAAUAAAGACACGAAUAAGCUUCAUCGAAAUAGUGCAGCAAGUCGGAAGGAGCAGAACGGGGUUCGUAAGACAAGUUCCAACUCGACAAUUCGGCCCCUCCCGCGGAAGCCUCACGUUCAUAUUGCACCUCGACCCGCGCCGACGUUGCCUUCGCCAGAUUCGCAAGUCGCUUCACCGCCAACGGAACCCAAGCCAGCCAACGACAAACAAGACUCUGUCCACCGUCCUAAAUCGCCCCUUGAAACCCCCGCAGCUGAAGCCUAUCAGAAUGAUAAUCAAGAUCAACAAAGAAACGAAGUACCAGAGCCGACAGAAGAUACUGGAAGAAUUGUCAAUGGUAUUGCUGCUAAUCACCCACCAGUAACGUCUACUGCUCCUACCACGGUUGUAACGCCGAACACUACAACGGUUAACGGGGUGCAUCGUAUAUCACAGAUACCGACGAAGGAACAAGUAAACGAAUAUAUACGCAAUAUACUUGAAAAUCCGACAAGGAUAAACAUUCCCACCCCCAAAAGCCCCAGAAUUGAUUUAGGUACUCCGUUACCUCGGUUAAAUUCCGAGGAAGCGUCUAAUCCUACACACCAGUCACCAAAUAGGGGAGAUUCGGAUCCCUCAGGUACGCAGAUACUCAGUAGGUCACAGGUAGCGGAGAAACGUCCCUUGGCAAAACGCCAUCAAGAUGUGCCAAAGGCGGCGCAGCUUACCAAUAAUCGAAACGCAGCAAAGAGACCUGCCAAUCCACCGGUCAGCAAAUCAACUUUUGCAUCUAUAGUUCAAAACCGGCGCUGGAAACAUUUGAACCCCGAGGAAAGGCGGCAGGUCUGGAUAUCUAAACAUGAUCCAGAUAAAUUCGACUCUUAUAUAUACGGCAAACCUAAUGAAGCUAAUAGACCUGGCUCUACAUCGUUCGCUCUACCUGAAUAUCAACAACCUCCGCGCCCAACUCGUCCAGCAACACAUUUUAGUCAUAUAGACCCGCGGGUCCAUUGGACACGCCCUCGCUCCAAGAAGUGGUAUCUUGGAAAGCAGAACGAGAUUCGCGAACGGGGAAGUAGAAAAAGUAAUUUUGGCCAAGUUGCAGCCCGUACAGUAAAGCGGAGACGGGAAGAAGGCGACGACGCGCCUAUAGUCGACUUGCCUGAUCGAGUGCGGAAUAACCCCGCCUGGCUAUCCGCUCUAGAUGAACUAGACGCGAUGGCAGACCAGUAUUACGCGCAAAGGCAUCAUGCCCGUCAAAAGGGGAUCCAACAAAAGGAGAUGGAAGGUAAAAUCAUGGUUAUGGAUGAAGAUAGUGAUAUCGAAAUGGAAGAUCCAGCAGAGGUUGUUUGAAAGUUCCAAAAGAACUAUUCAAAAAUGCAAAUAUAGAGGACUUUUUUGGCUGGCCCUGGUACGAAUAGCUAGGCUCUCAAUGGCAUGGCAAUAUGGACAAUAUGGAAUUGAUUUUUAGAGAGCAUUGCA